AUGUUGGUGUUCGGAAAAUUACCCUCCCUUAAUCCCUUUUACGUUCAAAGAAGAUAUGACCAAGAUUUAGAUAGGCUGAUUAAAGAAAAAAACACGAUUGUCUUGUGUGGCGCUUCAGGAACGGGUAAAACGCAAUUAGUUAGGCAAUGGGUUAAUCCUAUUUUAAGACAAACUCACGUUAAUGACUAUGAGGCAUUAAUCUGGGUAACAGCUGACCAGCUAGAUACACUCUUGGGAAAUUGUAAACAGAUCGGAGGAUCGUUAGGAAUUGAGGGAUGCAAGCAAUUAUCGGUCGAUGAGCUUGCCGAAUCGAUUAAGAGAAAAUUAGAAGUACAACGUUAUUUAGUGGUUAUUGAUGAUGCUUCUAGCGAGGAAGUAAGGUGUAUUAUUGAAAAAUUCUUGCCAGAUUAUAAUACCGAUAUAAUCAUUACCAGUCAUUAUGAAGACUGGGAUUAUUACAAGUUGUACAUUAAUCAAUGCACCGAGCAGGAGGCUUCUGCUAUUGCAAAACAUAUUAUCAAGGAAAAGAAGGCUAAAAUUGUUGACGAAACACAAUUGAGAGAAUUGGUCUUGCACUUCGAAAGUAAUCUCCUAUGGGUGACGCAGGCGGCCAAUUAUAUCUCCGAAAAUUUGGGCGGCGAUGUGGUUACCUACUUAAAAAAUGGCGAAAAGUCGGGGCAGCUUUUAAAGGAUUACCGUAAAAAUUCACAGCAAGCUUUAUCAUCAACUCUUAAAUGCUUUCAGAUUGUCGCUAAUCAAUCGCUUUCAAAAGAAUUGCAGGAACCAAACCUGGCAUUAUCGGUGUUACAAAUUUGUAGUUUAUUGCCUAGUCGAAACAUUCCGGUGACUUUAUUGGUUCAAUUCUUGCAUGGUUAUUCAAAAAUUUUAGAACAAAAGUCGGAACAACUGAUCAACCUGUUAUGUAAGAAAACCAUGUUGAUCGAACGUGAAGGUAAUUAUUUAAGCAUGCAUUGUUCCUAUCAAACGAUGCUAAAUCAGAAUAUCCUGGUUGAAGAAAAUCUCAUCACCACCGAACAAUUAUCGGAAUGCCAAGCUUGUUUUCUCAAGUUUCUGGUAGAAAAGGUGAAGUGGCGCCGUAGUGAGGCUAUCAACCCCAUUAAAAAAUUCCAAUGGGAAGGGCAAAUUGAUAUUUUACCACAUAUUAAGUCGGUAGUUACGCACUUUGAAAAAGAAGCCGCUCACCAAAAUUCAUUGAUCGAAUUAUAUUAUGCCAUGGGUAGCUAUUAUGAAGCACAGGAUUUCUUGCAUGAAGCGAAAGGUUGCUACAUAAAAUCACGUGAUUUGUGCGAAAAAUCAUUGUCGACGAAGGUAUUAUCGAAACUCGUUAAUUUGUCAAUAGCACCGUCAAUCAAAACUACUAAACAAGAAAUCGAAGAGAGAUUGACCUCAGAAAAAUUUGACUUGGAACAAAUUAAAAUGUAUAGCAUAGAAAUAUUAUAUAAACUGGCUUCUAUCAACGUCAGAUUAUGGAACAUCUUGUCUGAAUCAGAAAAAAAUCUAACAAUUCAAUAUCUUGAACAAUCUUUCCAUAUGCAUCCAUUACUAAUCAAGCCAGAGGACGUCAAGGCUUAUCAGGAUAGAUAUUACACAUACCGCAAUUUAGCGGCCGCAUACAAGAACCAAGGUAAAUCACAAGAAGCCGGACGAAUCAUUGCCAACUUGAUAAAUUCAGAUUUUGUUAAAAGCAGCGCUGAAAUACGAUCACUUGCUCAUCUCGAUGUUGCACGAGGAGAAAUAAAAUCGAGCCCUCAAAAAGCAAUUGAUAAUCUUAUUGAAAGUUUAAGCUCAAUCCAAUCUAUUGCGGAGGCUGAUUAUUCCUACGGUAACCGUGCAAAAGAUAUGACAAUAGUUUAUAUCGAAUUAGGCUGUGCUUAUCUGGAAAUGUCUCGUGUCGAAAUAGAUGAAACAAAGAAAUUUGAUGCAUUAAAGAAAGCCGAUACGCAUCUACGUUACGCUUUAAAGUCCAAUCGCGAUUAUUAUAAACGAGAGAAUAAUCGAACCGCGGGCAGAAUUUUUUAUCACUUGGCCGAAGUUAACGUGGCAUUGCGUUAUUAUUUCUUGGCACAUGAAGCCGUAACCCAAGCGCUCCUGAUCCAACAAAAUUUUUAUCGCGAUCCUAAUCAUUUUUUUGUUAAAUGUUCCACUCAGUUGUUAGAAGGAAUUGAAGAUCAAAUCAAGCAUUUGAAAGACCCACCUGAAGAAAUUGAGCUAAAACCACUUCAAAUCCUUCAGGAAGAACUUGAUCAGACAAAAGAACGAUAUAACAUGACAAACGAACCUCAAUUACUCAAAGAAUAUGCGGAUGUAUUGCUGGCUACAAAUGACCCAGAUAUUAGAGAUUUCGCCAUCAAGAGCUAUCAAGAAUAUCUGAAAUCAGCUCCUAAUCUCGACAAAUGUCGUCGUGCUUCUGUUUAUAGGCGAUUGGGAUACAUUUUUUGUCGACAAAAAUCUUUUAAAUCCGAGGGGAAUUUCAUGGAAGAACGAAAAAAAAGUGCGAAAGCUGCUUAUAAAGAAGCACAGAAACAUUACAAAGAUUUAUUGGCAGAACCCGAGUACUUUGGAAAUGACGUUAUUAAAUACAAUUAUAAUAACUGUUUUUGGUGCUUGAAUAGAUUAGAGAAAUCCAAACUUGCUGAUAUUCAUUUAACGAAAAACAAUCAUGAAUUGUUUGUACGAGAGCUGACCAAUUCAUUGUUGGAAAGAUUUAUCUACUAUAAAAAGAAAUUGGAUCCAAACAAUACAACCUAUGAUAAAACUAAAAUUGUUACAGGAAUAGUCAAAACUGUAGCAGAAGCCUUUGUCCCCACAUUGAGCGUAGACAGUAGUGGCAUAUCAGCGUCUAUAGAACCUAAAGAGAUUUUUAUAGGUAUAGCAGAUCUAAUUCAAGCUGUCCACACGGGAAAGAUGCAUGAUAAGGCGGAACAAAUUAUACAAACUUUCGAAAGCAAGCAGGAUCCGAUUAAAGUUCUUUUUGAAGGCAUUGCGAAGAAAGUAGCCAACAUCUAUAUCGAGCAGAUACAGCAGCUUGAACCCGAAUCUAUCAAGAAAUUUACUCAAUUUAUCUCAAAACAAUUAUUUGCUUACUUGGGUUCAAAGAAAAUGGAUUUUACUUCAGAUCCCACCGAAAAUCUCAUUACUGGAUUAUAUUUCACCGAAUAUAAAAAGAACUGUUUAUUAACUACCAGUACUGGAGUUCGAUGGAAUGCUAGAGAAUUACUUUGCUAUACGGGCAUCAUUACUUACGAUAAGCGAAUUUACAUUUACACCAAAGCGCCAGUGCUCAAUCUUAAAUAUGGUUUUCGUUAUGAUAAAUUACCAGUUAUUCAUCGCCAUUACGAAUAUCAUCAAAAUCGGUUGGAAGCCGAAGAUCGACUCAAACGACUAACUAAAUCGCAAAAGACAAUGAAAUGUAUUAUUAUAACGAUGAAUGUUCCAAUGGAAGAGCUCGUAGCUCAAUUAAGCAAGGCUAAAAUCGAAAAUGAUACUAAUAAAAUUGUGAUUUUACUCAAGAAAAUUGGUCAACAUCUUUGGCAGAAAAUUAAUGAAGAAAAUGAGAUUACCAUACAAAUGGCAGAUCGCUGUUUAUCGAUUUACAAGAUUUACAAGGCCACGAACAAGAUUGCUAAAAAAGAUAUAAUACCGACCCAGGAGAUACUAUCAUUUAAAGAUUUUUUCUUAAAAAAGGUAUUAAAAUCCAGUAAUGAUCCAACAAAUUUCUUUUCCCGCAUUGAUGAAUUUUAUAAAUCGAUUAGAGAAAUUCAAUGUGAGCAAGCUAAAGACGUUAUUCACCAAAUCCAAGAGACAAAAACGAAUUCCGAAAAAGUUGUCAUCAUUAAAGAAUGUUAUCAAAAGCUUAACAUAUCGCUGCGUAAACUACUUUAUGACAUCAUUCAGCUCUCGCUUGAAGCUUUUCAUGAUGAUGAAAUUAGUCAUCAAGCAUUCGCGGUUGUACUAUUUGGUUCGUGGGCGAAGGAUACGGCUACACCCUAUUCGGAUAUAGAAUUUUGUAUUUUAGUCAAUGACCGUAAUUUAAAAUUAAAAGAGGUGUUACGCCGGAUGGUAUAUUUGAUGAAUUUUAUUGUCAUCAGCCUAGAACAAACAGCUCUUCCUUUGAAUUUAUUUCAAGUAUCUAAUGUAACAAACGUUAUCGACUUUGAUGAUCUAUUAAAGCCAGGAUUUCAAUUUGACUUGGGAGGGAAAACACCGCUUGGACGUGCAGAUAAAGAUUAUGAUUUAAUUAAUACCCCCCAAGAUAUGGCGAACUACAUUAACUUUGGCAUGCUCGAACAAGAUCCCCUGUUAGUUGCUGAAUUAAUUGAUUGUCGAUUCUUAUUUGGUAAUGAAAAGCUAUAUGAAGAUUAUAAACAGAUGGUAAAACAACAGUUGCAUUUUGAGGAAAUAAAUCAACAACCCUUCCAUAAAAGAAUGGCCAAAGUGCUUCUACAAGAUGGUACAAUGAAUUUCAAACAAGCCGAUUUAGAAAAAUAUAAAAUCAAGAUAGAUAAAAUCAGUUACGAAGGAAGGUUAUUAAACAUCAAAGCUGAAAUUUAUCGAUUGCCAGACAGAUUGAUUGAGGGGCUAAGAUUAAUUUUUGCAACACCCGGCGAAACAUUAUGGGAGAAAAUCUCAGGAUUGUUGAAAUGUAAUAUUAUCAGUCAGGCAGGAUCUGUUAAUCUCGAAUUCAUGACGGCUAUUGCGUUACAGUCGCGAUUGUUUACUUAUGUCACACAUGGUAGUCAAAGCGAAAGAUUAGGUAUUUGGGAUACUGCAGUUGCCCAUAACAACUCAGAGAUUGAGAGUUUUUUGGGCAUAGACGAAGUUGCUAGCCUGGUUAGAUUCUACCAAGUCGCAAUUCCCCUUUACCAGUUUGUGCAAACGAGUGUGAAUCAAGAAAAUUUGGAUCAAAUUAAUACAGGGCAAAACUUUUUGGAUGAGAGGCUGAUUACAAAAGCAACCAUUUGUUUUAGAUUUAUGCUUUAUCGACAGGCUGAAAUAUUGUUACUUGAAUCUCAACAGUCAGAAUUGAUGAAUGCACAUUUUCAAUUGUAUCGCUUGUAUUCCCACCUAGGAAAGCCCCAGUUAGCUUACGAAUUCUAUGAAAAAUACCUAGAAAAUAAAUCACGAGAAAUUAGUGAUCGGUUUAGAUUAGGUUACCUAAAAUUAGUUUUGGGAAACCAUAAAGAGGCACUCGAUGAAUAUAAUAUUAUACUUGAUGAACUUGAGAUUACUCAUCAAGAAUUGUCGAUGGAUCAUGUACAGUCCCAUUGCUAUAUUGCCCAAAUAGAAGGUCUAAUGGGUAAUACCACAGCCGAAUUUCAUCAUCUUGAAAAAGCUAAUGAAAUCGUCAAGCAUAUCCCUGACAAACAUAAAGAUGAUGUGAUGAUCGAUUUUUACAUCGGCUACGCAAAAUAUCAUGCUGGCAAAAAUCAAUUUGAUCGGAGCAAGCACUAUAUUCAACAGUCCUUAGAUUACACGGAUAAGCUUUAUGGUAAGCACGCACAUACUAAAUUGAUUGAUAUUUAUCAACAAGCGGCUGAAAUUGCCCAGCAAUACAAUCAAUGGGAGCAGGCGGUAAAAUAUAGAGAAAAAACAAUUCGUAUGAUCUCUAUUCUUUACGUGGGGAAAAUUGUAAGUCGGCUACUAGAUGCUUAUAUUGACCUCACAAAUACUUUAUGUCUCAUGGGAAAACUUGAUCAGGCCGAAGAACAACUGACCUACGUUAAAUGCCUGCUUCCCAGCGUAGAACAUGAACUUACGAAUAAAGCGCUUACCUUCAAACUCUCAUACGGGUAUAUGAAAGUUUAUCAAGCAAAAAAGAGUUACCAGUGGGCUUAUGAACAUUAUGAAAAAGCUACUGUAUAUCGAACUACAUUUGAAGAAAACCCAUAUUAUCGAUUACAACUCGCUAAAUUUUAUCUAGAUGCUUUCGAUACCUGGAUUAGUUAUGAUAAAUGGGAGGAGUGUAAGCAAAGAUUACCUGAGGCUAUUAACAUUAUUACUGAACUGUGCGGUAGAAAUCACAGUGACCUUGCGAAAGCAUACUGUCAAUUGGCUACCUUUGAUUUGAUACAAGGAGAUAAUGAGCUUGCAAAGAAAAAUCUCUUGCAAUCUUAUGACAUUUAUGAGAAAUUGCCAAAGAUUUAUCCAAACUAUCUCACUACACUGACAAAUUUAAUAAAAGUUUAUCAGAACUUCAAGGAUGGAGAGAAAGCAAUAUUAUAUGCAGAAAAGUUUUAUCAACAUGCGGAAAAGAUGCAGCCAAGUUCAUUGUUAGAAUCUAUUAAGUGCUUCCUCGUGAUCGCAUUAGAGCAAGAAUGUUAUCAAAGGGUUUUACCAUAUGUCGAAAAGAUAUCUGCAAAUAUAGAUAAUUUAGAUCAUCUAUAUCCAGAAAGCGAACUUGAGCAUUUAGAUUAUGCAACCCUAGAAGGUGUUUUAACAAUUAAAAAGAUCAGACAAAUACUGCUGGUAGUUCAAAUCAUGUCAUAUUUUGGUCAUAGCACACCAAAAUCAGGCAUGUUAAAACAAAACAUGAUUAGAUAUAAGAAUGAAAGUAAUAAAUUAAUAAAAAGCGUUAUGACUCAUCGACCUGAUAUAAUUAAGCUCAUUAUCAGCUAUUCUGAAUCCAUAAACGAAGGAAAAAGCUUGUUGGAUGAAGCUUGCACACAAUUAGUGCCUCGAGAUGCGUUAGUCGUUGCAUUAUUAAAAGUGGAAAAUACAACCAACGGAUUUAAUGCAAGAGAAUAUUUAAAGAAUGCACUUGCAAAGAACUCUAUCAAUUGCGCUGACGAAGCACAAUUUGAACAGUUGUUAGAACUCACAGGACAAUUUAACUUAACUAUAGAUAUGGCCGUUGUCCAUAUUGCCGUUACAGGGCAGAGUGUCGAAAAUUAUUGCACCGUUUUACAAUCUCUUAAAGAAUCUGUUUGUACCGGCCGUUCAUACAUCAAGAAUUAUACCUGUAUUAACUCUUAUGCUACCUAUCUUUCUAGUAGGUUUUUAUCAAAGAAUGUAUUUGAAACGCUUACCAAUAAAGAUGCACAUUAUGCGGAAUUGAUAAACCAUAGUAUAUAUCAUUUGAUGCAUAAGAUAGGAGACAAGGCACCAAAAGCUUUAUUUAGUUCCGCGUUAAUUAGGCUAGGUUUUACCAAAACACACGCGAGUGAUAUUCUCCGUGUUCUCAUAAAUCUAAAAUUAUUAAGAAGUGAAAACGAAUUCCUUUAUAUCCAUAGCCUCAUUAAAGUUUCAUUGAACAUUGAGUUUAAUCAUAUUUCUUAUCCGAUGGAUUUAAAGGCCAUCGUCGAAGAAUGUUCUCUAUAUCUAGAAAACUGUAGUCAGGUAGACUCUGAAUUGCCGGUGGUGUUUGAUAUCUAUCGAAAUGCCUUGCUUGAACUUUACCACGUGUUUACCAGUGGUCUAUAUAACGAUACAAGCAUUGGUAAUUUUGUCGUAUUUAACAUUUGUAAUAUGAGCAGUAUUAGUGAUAAUAUUGGUUUAGCUGACCAAAAAAUUUAUCUGGAGAAAUUGGCUAGUCUAGUGCAUGAUAAAAAUACCGAAGUAUAUGCGGAAAUAAUUACCUUACUUGCUUUUGCUGAGCGUAAUGCUUCAAACUAUUCUCAACAACUAAGACUCCUCCAAGAGGCGCAUAUUAUUAAAUCCCGUUUAUUCAAAAGUGACGAUCCAUUAUUUGCAAAGAGCCUAAUUAAUCUCGCCCGCGCAUUCGGAGAUAUUAAAAAUACUGAAAAACAGAGGGAACUCUGCGCGAAAGCUUUGGAAAUCAUAAAAAGGGAUUAUGAAUUAAGAUAUGAUACCUUAACGUCUAAAGAGCGAGCUGCAAUUGAAGUGGACAUAGUCAUUGCCAUGGAAAACUUUGCUGCGGGUCACGUUUGGUUCGACAAUGCACGGUGUAUGGAAUUGCUAGAGAAUUGUUUGGAUUUCUACAAUGAACAUCACCUCAAUUUUCCAGCGGUUAAGGAAAAUAUAUUAUCCAAACUGAUAAACAGCUACUGUAUAAAUGCACCUGAGAAGGCAUUAGAUGUGUAUCAACAUUGGGAAACCUUACAAAAGAAACUCUAUAAAGAAGGGACGCAAGCACAUGCUCGUCAUGCUGGAUUUGCUAUGAUAAAUUAUUCAAUGGCGCUUUCAAAAAAUUCAAUUGCAAUUGUUGUGGACUUGUUAGAUUUGAGAAAUUUGCCUAUACCAAAGGAAGAAAGAAAGAAUGUUGAAGAAAAAAUACAGACUGCCAACGAACAAAAUUUACAAGCACGUCAGAUUGCAGACAAAGCUACUCUCUUAUUAGCUACUUUUUAUCCCAAAGAUGAUUACAUAUUCACACAAGCAUCGGAUGCGUUAAGUAACAUUAAAAUAAUCGAAAAUAAUUUUAUCGCGAUUCUGAAAUUGGUAGAGGGCGUUAAAUAUCUUUACGAUGGAAACCUCGAUCAAGUCAGAGUUACAUUUAAGACCGUUUUUGAAAUAACUCUUAACCAAGAAUUAAAGAGCGAAGCUUUAUCAAUUAUUUCAUUUAUUGAUCUUAUCCAAGCGAAAGAGAAGGGAACUAUUACUAACCGAAUACUUGAAGGCUUUUUUAAACAACAACAAGAUGCCAUCAAUAUUCAUGAUUCAGCUCCCAUUCAAAUGAGACUUUCCAUAACUUACUUUGCUUAUGAUUUUCACGAACAGGCAAUCAUUCAUGCCGAAAAUGCUAUACAAAGAUUGUAUGAUAUACCGGACCUUCCAAAAAGAACAAAUAUGUUCUUUGACGGAUUAUUAAAGCCCAUUUUACCUAUCGUGCUUCAGAUGAUACUAGGAGGGAUUGAUAAGAUAAAAUAUUUUCCCAUUAAUUUUUUAGCGAGAUACGUUAUCAUUAACAGCUCAUGUGCCUUAGGGCAUACCCAUAAUGAAGCACAAAUGUUAAAAGAAUUUGCUCUGCUUAUUUCGUCUAAUGAAACCGCAAUCUCUCAUCUUUUACUCGGGUUUUGCUAUCAGAGGCAAGGAAAUUGGAUAUUAGCAUUGCAAGCUUUUAAUGACGCGUAUCAAAAACAACCAAAUUUAAAUUUAGGUCGAGUCAGCGUUACAUUGGCUCAGUUUUGCAUUAAAUUUUCAGAUAUUAUAGAUGCUAUGGACAUGAAUAUGUUUAAAGAAAUUCGUGUAAUUAACACCAUUUUAUCAGAUUCAAAUCUAACGCAACAGCUUGACACAUAUGCAAAAUCUAAUAAGAUAGAUGUUAAUGAGGUUAAACUUUUCGUCAAAGCUAUUAAUGGCUCGUAA